UUGGGAAAGAGCUUCGCACACGCUUCGCUCCGGGUUGGCCGAUACAAUGCCAUCAAUCCCUGCUGAAACUGAAAUGGAUAAAAUGACUUGCACUCAUGUUUCGGUUGACUGCAUACCCAAUGGAAUCUUGGAGAAGGAAUCUUAUAGUUCGCCAGAAAAGGAGAGGAAGUGGAUCAGGCCUGAUGCCAUCAGCAAGUGUACCUGGGAGCUUGGAAAAUCUCCUUCUGAAUCACCCCAUCACCAUGCUACAUUAAUAAAGCCUUCAAAAAUUAUGCCGGAUAUCCUGAAAAACAUUGGAGAUACUCCCAUGGUGCGUAUCAACAAGGUUGGAAAGUUAUGUGGCCUCAAAUGUGAACUCUUGGCCAAAUGCGAGUUUUUCAAUGCUGGAGGCAGUGUGAAAGACCGAAUCAGCUUACGAAUGGUGGAAGAUGCUGAAAGGGAUGGGAUUCUUAAGCCAGGAGAUACCAUUAUUGAACCAACCUCAGGAAAUACAGGAAUUGGACUGGCCUUGGCAGCUGCAGUGAAAGGAUACCGUUGUAUUAUUGUAAUGCCAGAGAAAAUGAGCAUGGAAAAGGUGGAUGUACUACGUGCCCUUGGGGCUGAAAUUGUGAGGACUCCAACAACUGCUAGAUUUGAUUCUCCAGAAUCACAUGUUGGAGUGGCAUGGAGAUUGAAAAAUGAAAUUCCCAACUCCCAUAUCCUGGAUCAGUACCGCAAUGCCAGCAACCCCUUGUCUCAUUAUGACACAACAGCAGAGGAGAUUCUUCAGCAGUGUGAAGGUCAAGUAGACAUGAUUGUGGCUGGAGCUGGCACAGGAGGCACCAUCAGUGGUAUUGCCCGAAAAAUCAAGGAAAAGUGCCCUGGAUGCACAAUUGUAGGUGUUGAUCCUGAAGGAUCUAUUCUAGCGGAGCCUGAAAAAUUAAACGUAACUGACAAGACAACUUAUGAAGUGGAAGGUAUUGGAUAUGAUUUCAUACCCACAGUUCUGGAUAGAUCGGUGGUAGACAAAUGGUAUAAGUGUAACGAUAAGGAAUCUUUUACCUUCUCACGCAUGCUAAUCAGAGAAGAAGGACUGCUGUGUGGUGGCAGCUCAGGAAGUGCCAUGUCUGUUGCCGUCAAGGCAGCCCAAGAGCUAAAAAAAGGCCAGCGUUGUGUUGUCAUCCUUCCUGACUCUGUCAGGAACUACAUGUCUAAGUUUUUAAGUGACAAAUGGAUGAUCCAAAGAGGAUUCAUGAAAGAAGAGGAUGAUGAUAUUAAGAAGCCUUGGUGGUGGCAUGUGAAAGUUCAGGAACUAUGCCUGUCUGCCCCCCUAACUGUACUGCCAAGUGUUACCUGCGAAAAGACUAUUGAAAUACUCAAAGAGAAGGGAUUUGACCAAGUACCAGUUGUGGAUGAAUCUGGACUGAUUCUGGGGAUGGUUACUCUCGGCAAUAUGCUCUCUUCAGUGCUUGCUGGUAAAGUACAGCCUUCGGAUAAAGUCAGCAAAGUCAUCUACAAGCAGUUCCAAACGAUUCAUUUGCAGGACAACUUAGGAAAGCUCUCUCAUAUUUUGGAAAUAGAUCAUUUUGCUCUGGUGGUACAUGAACAGAUUCAAUCAGGAAACCAAAACCUGGGGUGGAGAGGGGAGACUAUUUGGAAAGAUCACAGUGAUGGUGAAUCUAGUAAAAAGCAAAUGGUGUUUGGUAUUGUUACGGCAAUUGACUUGCUGAACUUUGUGACUGCUGAGGAACAGAAGAGAAACACAACCUAAGUUCAAGAAACACAUCAAUGGGGCUUAUUUCAUUGGUUUUUCACAUUAAAAAAAAUCUCUCUCUUCUUCUUCUUUGCUCCUUUUGUUAGAACAAUCUAGAAAAAAAUCCUUUUGGACAAAAUGAAUAUCAUCAGAGUCAUUAUAAACCAUUGUUAGCUUUUAAAAGGUAAUUUCUGGAAUGUAGCAAGCACGCUGAAAUAUAAGGACACUGGAAAGUUUUAGGAUGAAUAGUUUCAGUGAAGAAUUGCUUUGUUUGCACAUACAGGUUGUGAAGGCACAGCUGAGUUGGAGAGGACUAAGGCCUGAAUGAUCAAGCCAUCAUAAUAGGAUGGCUAUGUGACAGCUUCUCAAAGCCCACUGCUAAUCCUGCUUCCACAUUAUGGUGUGGUCUAGAAAGUCUUCCAUUUCCUACACUGUACUGUUUUGCUGCCUAGAAUGGUAGAUAACCUUAAUCUUUAAUCCUAUUAGAACUUGACCACUGUCAAACACAUUGGCUGUCUUCUAGUGCACGAAAGAAAACACAACCACUUCCUAACCCAAUAUUCAUAAAGGAAUUGUCUUCAUGUGUAUCAAGAGGUUGAAAUAUACAAUUACAUGAGCAAUAGGGAACGUGGUAUGAAAACAUCUUCUCCAUUAUGAUUAUUUUAAGCUCUUUUUACAGAUGCUAGUUUAUCCAGCUGUUUCUGCUGAAUUCGAUAUUCCAACCCUCAACAUUAAGAUGACAAAACAUCCUUUAUUCUCCCUAUUUACUUUCUGAAUUCUUAAUAGCAAUGCCUUUCCUUAUUCUGGUUAAAUUAUUGGUGCAAGGGGAAGUAAGUAAUUGCUUUGACAGUUAGUAAAAAAUGAGGGGGGAAAUUCUUUAACUCAUACAUGCUGUUUCUCCUCUGUAUACAUUGUGUAUAAUCAAAGAUAAUUUUGUGUACUUGAAAUACUACCAGCUCAUAGCCCAGCCUCUGGCAGCAUCAGAAAACACUGUAUUUUCUCUACUGUUAAAUAUUCUAAUGUUCUAUUAAAUCUAUUGUUGGCUAACUUGAUUACUAAUAUAUUUGUUCCACAAAGACCAAAUCAGAAUAUUUAAUAUUAAAGUAUUAUAUCGGCACAUUAUUUUAACUGUCCAGCAUCACAUUGGCCAAUAAUUGUUAUCUCUGCUUUGUUUAUGGGUAUGCUAUGUUACUUUAAAUGAUACUUGUUUAGCUGGUCUUAAUAGGGAAUCAGUGCAAACAAAUUUAGCUGUUUUCUGUUUCUUUUGGUAGUCUCCUUUACUGCAGGAUUUUUUUUCUUUUCUGGCUCACUUUAACCUCUACUGGAAGUUUUAAAGAAGUGUGAUACCAGUAUUAAUACUGUACUUUCUCUAGUCUCUUGUUUCAUUGCAGAAAAAUCUUGACACAGAUCAAGGACCCAGUUAUCUGUACAGAAGGUUCCUGCAUGUGUAUGGAAUUCACAUUAAGAUAUAAAACCACUAAAAGGCUACUGUAAUAUAAUAAAUGAUGAAUUACUAUUUGGUCUCAAAAAUAUUGCUCAGCAUUCAACAUUCCAGUAAGCAUUUCUGGUUCUUUAGGACCAUGAAAGGGUCUUCUGUCUGUUUUUAAAGUUUGGAUUCUGUGUCAUGUUUAUUCCAAAUUUACUACAAAUAAUUAAAUAAACGUUUUGGUAAGCU